GACAUUAGAUGGUUAAAGAAUAAAUAUUUGCUUAUCAGAUAUUGGGCUUAAUUCAUGUGUUAUUAUGUGAAAUGUAGAAAUAAAUAAUUAUGUUUGAAGUUUUGGAUAAGUUGUGUUAGAUGGAAAAUUGAUAAUGAAAGUGAAAGUGGAUGGGAUGAGUGAGAAACCCAGGUCAGCUGAACAAGCACAAUAUGGAGUUUCAUCGGAGGCUGAACUGGAGAGCGACGUUGCUAGGCAACAAGAACAGGAAGGGGAUGCAACAACCAAUGGAAAUGUUGACCCUGGACCAGAUCAGGAGUUUGAGGGAGUUGAGAGGGAUACAGACAGCAUCGUAAAACCAGAACCCCCACCGAGGGUGGACAGCAACCAGCCCGAGAGUACCCGCAAUCAAGGGGUAAAUGUCUCCAGCGACCCAGAACCAGUCAGCUUAUUCAGUCAGCGAGUCUGUCCGCCAAAAAUGCCCCGGAAGCGCCACCUAGUGGAUUAUCUGGGUCAAGAGGAGGAGGGAACUUUCAUGUGGGAUUCGCAGCGGGCGUACCUCAUCACAUGCAUGGGCUUCAUAAACAGUCUUGGAUGUCUGCUGAAGGCGUCGGUUGGCCUCGUGAAACAUGGCGGAGGGGUUUUCUUCAUAGCAUACGUGAUUAGUAUGGUGGCAUUUGGCUGCCCCCUGGUCUACCUUGAAACAACGCUCGGACAGUACGCUGUUGGAGGGCCACUGAAUGCAUGGAAAGUGAUACCUCUGUUUACAGCCGCUUAG